GAUGCGCGUACUGAUCGUGGCGCUCUUAGCGGGGAUCGCAUCGGCCGGCGGCUGGCACGGAGGAGGCGGCGGUGGCGGUGGCGGCUGGCACCAGCACGUGCCCAUCAAGCUGCUCGUGAAGCACGUGCACAAGCCCAUCCCGGUGCCCAAGCCCGUGCCGGUGCCCCAGCCGUACCCGGUGUACAAGAUGUUCCCCAUCUUCAAGCCGUUCGCCGUGGCGAAGCCCGUGCCGCAGAAAUACGUGGUCCACCAGUACCACAACAUACAAAUUCCAAUUCCUGUACUGAAGUUCGUGCCCCACCGCACGUCCAUUCCCAUACCAAAACCAGUGGCACUGCCAAUACCGAUCCAUGUGCCCAAGCCAGUGAUCGUCCCAGUACCGAAGCCCGUGCCGGUCAAGAAGCCGUACCCGGUACCCGUGCACGUGCCUGUUCCCAAGCCGUUCCUGGUGCCCAUCUUCAAGUCCGUACCUGUGCCGGUGCCAAAGCCGAUUCACAAACUCAUUAAAGUCAUCAAGGAGAUUCCUGUCUACAUCAAGAGGCCGUAUCCCAUAUACGUGCACGAGGAGAGCCAUGGCUGGAAGGGCGGCUGGAAGGGCGGUUGGCACUCGUCGAGCGCCCACGAGGGACAGCUGGCAAGCCAGCUGGCCGCGGCCGUGCAUUCCGCCCAGCGUGGCCACGGAGGCCUCAGGUUCCACCACUACCAACACGGCUCGGCCUCCGAAGCGGCGCCCAUCAUCGCGGCCGUGCACCACGUGACGCACUCCGGAGGAGGAGGACGAGGUAGAGGAGGAGGCCUGGGCGCGAGCGGCCUGGCCGCCGCACUGCAGCACGCUUCCAGGCAGUCCGCGCUGGACGCGGUCCGGCACGUUUCCUCCGCCUCGGCGGCGCUUCAGCACGCGGGAGGCUCCCCUCUGGAAGCCGUCGUCCACCACGUGACCCACGGAGCGUCGUCGGCCGCGUCGGCGCUCAGUCACCUGCCCGAACAGUAUGCGGCACCGGUCUCCGCCGUGCACCACCAGCACGCCGUAGCCGUGCCGGCAGUGAUCAAGUACUCGUCCGGAAGCAGCCACGGUUCCUCGGGCCACAAGUCUCACCACUACGGCAACUACGCGAGCGCCAGCAGCAGCGGUCACUACAGUUCGGGUCGCACCAAGAGCAGGUACUCGCCUUCGUCGUCGUUAUCAUCGUCCAGCUCUGGCUACAAGGCGAGCGGCAGCUACAACAGGCCGUCGUCGGUGCGCGGUUCCUCCAGCGGUUCCUCCAGCGGUUCCUCCAGCGGUUCGUCCGGCUCUUCGAAAGGAUCCUCCGGGUACCAAGUUGUCGCGCAAGUAGACAUCGACCUAUCCGGCAAGCACUGAGAGGGCCCGCCAUCGGACUGUCACCACAUCGCCGCACUUCCAGAACCACCGGACCAUGUUACAAGCGACGCGAGCACUUCGACGACCAACGCGUCCUCUGCGAGCGGAGGACGGCAUACUCAUUACUUCAACACGCUGCCGGUACAAGUGUGAUCCCUCUGGUAAAAACUGUCUGCGCCUCUAAAUCUACCGGCGUAUCCUAUCCGCUGGGACGGAUAACCCUGCUCUCUCUUCUCAUCCUUCUGUCCUGCUGCUUGCGUCACAAAGUAGGCUUCUCUGCAAGUGUACUUGCACCGAGCGAGUGUAACAAUGUGCGCGGACGGGGUCUUUAUCACAUGAAUAAUUGACGUUGAAACCUUGCUUCAAUUAGGUCGAAUCAGCUGCAGUCAUUACGGAAGCACUUCCUGUCAUCCAAAAGUAUAACAUUGCUAGGUUAAUUCCACUUCUUGUUUUCUGUUUUAAUGUCUUUCCUUCAGCUAACAGUGCCGCUUAUUAAUUACUUUUUAAAAUAGACACAUAGUUAUUUGAGUAAUGAGUUGUUUUGAAUUCUAGUUUGCUGCCGUAGCGAAAAAUUAGGCUGUAUUUUCUUCGCUUUUACAACACUUUCUAGGACUGCUUGCAGUCAGUCAGUCCUGUCGGAUUUUCUGUCAGUCUUUUUUCACUUCAAGCAGUUAGUUACUGGGUGCUCUUAAUCUCCCAUUAAUCACUUAUCACACCGUAGUUUUUUUACACAGUUCAUAGGCACUUUGGAUGUGAAAACCUCAUCUUCCUAUCAGAGUUCGAGCGAGAGUGAGCUCCCGCUGCGUUGGCGUGGCAUUUUUGUAAUAUCAUUUUUGUGAGGUCUGGUACCCACCUACUAGCGCGAAUUUGCUUCACGUCGACAUCUAAGUUCCACGACAGCUUUGCAAAUGCUCCUAUGAAGUUCUCUGCUUGCCCUUUAGAACACCUGUUUUGAGAGUUUAAAUGAAAAGUGAAAAAAUAAUAAUGUUGUACUCAAGUAAAUUAGAAUCAUGAUCGCUAUAUAACUCAACGCAUUUUAAAGGGGCAAUUACUCCAAUGAUCUAAUUUUUCUGAGCUCUUUUAUGGACAGAAGAUAGCUAAGUCAGUCCGAAAGGCCUUAGAAAUUUGGAAACAAGAGAAUAACUUAUCUUCUUUGCUUACAGUUCUUCACCUUCGAGUGCGCAUUAAGUACAGCCGUUAUGUUGCUGCCUCGCACCAGAGUACUUCGGUACUCUAGCAUUAAAUAGCUCUGCUCGUACUCAUGCAA